AUGGACAGAACAAUCAAACGACUACAACAGCUGAAACAUAAGGCGGCCAAACGAACCGUUGAGCAAAUUCGACACCAAGUACGUCGUGGGUUGCAAAAGAAAAUAUAUCCUGAAGAGACAUAUGAAACAUGGCAUAAACGAGGGAAGCGCAAUGAUGAGCUACUAAGUACUGGUGGUGAUGAUAUUAUUGAUCAAGGUACUAUUGAUGAUACUGUUGAUGAUGAUGAUGAUGAUGAUGAUGAUGAUGAUGAUGAUGAUGAUGAUGAUGAUGAUAAAGUCGUUCCUAUGCAUAACAGUGGUCUACAAUACUGGACAAGGACCAAUUUUCUCAUCAAAACUAAAGGGUUUGAAAUCCUUCCAACGUCUAAUGAAACCCUUGGAUUCUGUGACAACUCACGAAUCAAUGUCAUGAACCAUAACAUCGACAAUAUCAAGACUCUUGUUCAUUUGAAUGUACUUAGGGGAAAUUGGGACUCGGCCUAUAAACUCUUUUGUUUAUUGAUUCGAAUCCCCAAAGUAGAUUUACGGUCUCUUUGGCCGGUGGGGAUUGAGAUCCUUCUAAGAAAGUUCAAUGAUAAUGAUAAUGAUAAUGAUGGUGAUGAUAAGACACAACUUUCGAAACACCGGAUGUUCUAUGAAUGGUUGAGUUCAUUUCUUAUCCUUUAUAAUUAUCAGCCAUCAUCAGAUUCAGAGUCAUUAAGACUCCCCAGAAACAUCUCUGCUCCCGUAUGGAGAUCAGGAUCCAAGACUCAUACACCACUUUACGUGACGGGGUUCCUAUGGCAGCUUUUAAUCGAUGGAGAAUAUAAAACAUUGAAGGAAAAGGUCGAUGAGCUUCUUCUAGAACCCCCAUACAAUGCAGAUGGAAUGUUUUAUUUCUUGAAAGUCAUCCUACACCUUUAUGAAGCUGUGGAAUUAGUUAAUGAGUACCAUUCGUCACGUGAUUCCCAUGUACGUAAUGACGUACUUCUUUUGGUAUCUUCAAUGGAGCAAUUGGUCGAUAAAUGCAUGGAAUUUGAGUUUGAGGUUCCGCCACAAUGGUUCCAGGCACAGACUGAGACCUUAUUAAAGCACAUCUCCGAUGAUCAAAAGAGUAAACAAAAUUCUGAAAGGUCGACUGGAGAAGAGUCUGAUGACGGUGAAGAGCCUGAUCAAAAGUCUGAUAAUUCCGAUACCAAGGAUAACUCUGAUGGUUGGGGUGAUAUCUCAUCAGACUCUGAUAGUGAGUCGGAAGAAAAUGGACUGGCAAGAACUGAAAAGGAACAGACUCCGCUAUCAGAACCAGUCCCAUAUGACGGUUGGAGUGACAUUGAAGACGAUGCUGAAGACGACGACGACUUCAUGAGAAAGAAUAAUGAUAAUGGAGUCUCUGUGGAUGACGACAAGCAACUGAAUGAAUUGGAGUUUGACUUUGAUUUUGAAUGA